CCCGCCUGCCCCCGGCCUGCGGCGUGCCUAUCUCAAACGAACUCUCGUCGUACGCACAAUAAGACAUAAAUCCCAAGGUUUGGCAAGGGACACUCGAUGUCUCUCUUUUCCUACUCCCUGUCUUGAUACAUCCUGCUUUAUAUAACUCUGCUACGACUUCAAGACUACGUUUGCUGCGCGUCGUUAUCUCUUUCACGCUCACUAUGUGGUCUUAUCUCUUUCUGACUCUUUUUGUCGUUCAAAUUCAUGCGAUAUGGCCCAUCCCGUCCAACAUGUCGUUAGGAGAGAGAGCGCUGUUUCUUGAUCCCAAAGUUCGAUUCAUCUACAACGGUGCCGCACAGUAUGGGUCAUACGAUCAUCAGAAUGCAUCGUCUCAAAAUAUCAUCUCUACAGCCAUCAAAACAACUACUCAGACUCUGUUCGAACAAAACUUCAUCCCUUGGAAGUUCCAUCCUCGUCACUCCGACUUUGAGCCUGCGAUCAAUGCCUCUUGCACAUACAUCAAAUCCGUCCGCCUUGAGCAAAGUGGCAUCGAUUCGGCAAACGUCGCAAAGCCCCUAGCCGGUGAAGUCGACGAGUCGUACUCAUUAUCUAUGAAGACUAAUGGUCAGGUUACCAUCACCGCGGCCUCAUCUGUCGGUAUCGCUCAUGGCCUAACUACCUUCACCCAGCUGUUUUACAAGCAUUCGAGUGGGUCCGCGUAUACACCAUACGCCCCAGUCAGCAUUACAGAUGCCCCGAAGUUUCAGCACAGAGGCCUGAACAUGGAUGUCUCGCGCGUCUGGUAUGCGCCUGCUGACAUCACUCGCAUGAUCGAUGCUCUGGCGUACAACAAGUUCAACCGUCUGCAUCUGCAUAUCACGGACGCCCAAUCCUGGCCACUUGAGAUUCCAGCGUUACCCAUGCUGGCUGAGAAAGGCUCGUACAGAGAGGGCCUGACUUACAGUCCUCCAGCCAUGGCGUAUAUUCAAGAUUACGGUGCCUCUCGGGGUGUUGAAGUGAUUCUCGAAAUCGAUAUGCCAGGCCAUACCUCAUCUAUCGCCUACUCAUAUCCCGAGCUGAUAGCUGCGUUUAAUGAGAAGGAUUGGUCGACUUAUGCUGCGGAACCGCCGUCUGGUACACUGAAGCUGAACUCGUCAGCUGUGACGGAGUUCCUUGAUACACUUUUCGAUGACUUGCUGCCACGAGUCUUGCCGUACUCGUCGUACUUCCAUACCGGCGGUGACGAGGUCAAUCUGAACGCCUACAACUUGGACGAAACUGUCAGAUCGAACGACACUGCAAUCCUUCAGCCAUUGAUGCAGGCCUUUGUCGAUAGGGCUCACGCAAAAGUGCGAGCUGCUGGCCUAACUCCUAUUGCGUGGGAAGAGAUGCUCUUGACCUGGAACCUGACCCUUGGAUCCGAUGUUGUCAUCCAAACUUGGCAGAGCGAUGAAGCAGUUGCGCAAACCGUUGGUAAAGGCCAUAAGGCGCUCGUCGGAAACUACAACUAUUGGUACCUUGACUGUGGUCACGGCCAAUGGCUUGACUUCUACCCUGACGUUUCCCAGAGCUUCUAUCCUUACUACGACUACUGUGCGCCUUUGCAUAACUGGAGGAUGAUGUAUGCAUACAACCCGCUAGAGGGAGUGCCUGCGAAUCUUACACACCUUGUGCUGGGCGGAGAAGUCCACAUCUGGAGCGAGCAGACAGAUCCCGUGAACGUCGACAGGCAGGUAUGGCCACGCGCUUGCGCAGCGGCCGAGGUUCUCUGGAGUGGCGCCAAAGAUGAUCAAGGUCAAAAUCGUAGUCAAAUCACGGCAAGUCCAAGAUUGAGCGAGAUGCGGGAGCGUCUGGUCGCAAAGGGAAUCGGCGCCGAGCCCAUUCAGAUGCCAUUCUGUACGCAAAACGGCACUCAAUGCGCUCUGUGAUUUGUUUGUUCGGAUAUUGUGUAGAUGGCA